AUGCUGAUGACGGUGCAUAUGUGGGCUGCUCUGGGGGACUCGUAAUCGUAUAUAAGCGCUGCGUAUUGCAUCUGUGCGACCGACGACCUGAACCUUCAUCCACGACGACAACAUUGUGACUCGGAGCAACGUCCGCAAGCGGUGUGGUGGUACAACGCGGUCAAGAUGCCCACCCAAGAGUAUCACUCGCAAUUCUACGAUUUGUCAGAUCACUCGUCGGACCAUCCGCCCGCCGACGAUCACGCGCACAUCCCAGCCGGACCCACACCUACCGACGCUCUCCUUCGCACGCGUUACUCGUGCAGGUACUUUCAUCCUUCCUCUACUCAUCCCGUCAGCAAAGAGACCUUGAAGGAAAUCUUUCUCUCGGCGACCAGAGCACCGAGCGGAAGCAAUUUCCAACCUUGGAAGGUGCACGUAAUUGGAGAGGGCCAAGUCAGAUCGAAGAUCGCCGAGCGAAUCACUGGGGCGUACAGGGACAAUGAAGAUUUCUCUGCCCCUUACGUCUUUUAUCCCCCCAACGAGCUCCUAUCCCAAAGCGCCUACAGCGAUCUCGCUUCGCGUCGUCGACAAUUUGGCGCGACGUUUUCAGGUCCUUUGGGAAUAGCGCGAGAGGACAAGGAGAAGAGGAGAGCGACGACGGAGAGGAAUUGGAACUUUUUCGACGCGCCCAUCGCUUUGAUCAUCACCACGGCCGACAUCAGUCCGACGGGAGCUUACUUGGAUUGCGGCUUCUUUGUCAUGAGUCUGCUAAUGGCCGCUAGAGCUCGGGGUCUAGAAGCUUGUGUACAGGAAGCACAUGCUACAUACAACACCAUCUAUUCGGAGAUGCUACCUUUGAAGGAGAGGGAGUCGGUGGUGUGCGGUGUAGCGAUGGGCUAUGCGGACUUGGAACGCGUGCGCAAGUUGACUGGAAAACAAGCUCGUCAAGACCUCGAGGAGCUCGUAUCUUGGCACUGAGACCUGCAUGCUGCCCAAGCGAACAAGAAAGCGCGCUCAUUGCGUUCAUCACAUGUGGUGUGGUCAGUCAAGUCCACAAUCAUACCUAUACCACUCAAACUCGUGAUUCGAGCUGCAGUCACCGAUUUGCAUGGGAAGGGGUGCGGUGCAAUCGCGAUUCGCUAUCACUACACUCGUGACUCGUGACUCGUGACUAGUCUGCUAUACUCGUCGUGACUUUACCCGCGCUGAGCGGGCAUAUAUGCAUCGACGCAGGCAUAUAUACGACUUUCAAUCAGAGUGGCG